AUGUGGCUUCUUGGAUCAACUUCCCAAGUGAUGAUGAUGAUGGAUGAGCGCCUGUCUCCCUCCGCGCGAUCAGUGCAGAGUCCGGGGGACAACCCGUCCACAAUCCACAGCAUAGAGGCGAUCCUGGGAUUUAAAGAGGACACCAUCUUCCACAAAUCGGCCUGCUACAGCAUGGCAGAGAAGGUUUUGGUCAAAGAUGCUGAGCGGAAUGUCAUCAUGACCCCACUGAAGAAAGGCCAUUCCUCAGAAAGUUUUGACAGUGUUUGUUGCGCAAACGGCGCCGCUGACGCUCCGGUGUGCCCGGACUCACCGGACGGAGACGGAAAACUGUCCGACGAUGAAAACCCCAAGAAGAAGCACCGUCGGAACCGGACAACGUUCACCACCUUCCAGCUCCACGAACUCGAGAGAGCUUUCGAAAAGUCCCACUACCCGGACGUGUACAGCCGGGAGGAGCUGGCGCUGAAGGUCAACCUGCCGGAGGUCCGAGUGCAGGUUUGGUUUCAAAACCGGCGGGCAAAAUGGCGUCGGCAGGAGAAGCUGGAGGUGAGCUCCAUCAACCUCCAGGACACCUCCUCUUCCUCCUUGCUCUCCUUCAGCCGCUCUCCCAGCAGCUCCCUGUGCUCCAGUCUGCAGCUGGACCCCUGGCUCUCCACCCCGAUUACCACCUCCACCUCCCUGCAGUCCCUCCCGGGCUUCAUCACGGGCUCGCAGGGACUCCCAUGCACUUACAGCCCUUCUCCUCCCCCUCCCAUGCCCUCUUCCUUGCCGGCCUCCUUCCUCAACUCCCCUGCCCUGGGACACAGCCCUCACCUGCCCCACAUGGGCUCCAUGUGCCCUCCUCCCCCGGCAUACCACUGCUCAGCUGACCCAAGGAACUCUAGUAUUGCCUCACUGAGGAUGAAGGCCAAGGAACACAUUCAGUCUAUUGGGAAGACGUGGUGA